GAUGGCGGCGGGCCCUUACAACUACUCCUAUAUAUUUAAAUAUAUCAUUAUAGGAGACAUGGGUGUAGGAAAGUCAUGUCUCUUACACCAGUUUACAGAAAAAAAGUUUAUGGCAGAUUGUCCACACACGAUAGGUGUCGAGUUUGGUACUAGAAUUAUAGAGGUAUCAGGUCAAAAGAUAAAGCUUCAGAUUUGGGAUACAGCCGGCCAGGAAAGGUUCCGAGCAGUAACCAGGAGUUACUACAGAGGGGCUGCUGGAGCCCUUAUGGUCUAUGAUAUUACAAGGAGGAGUACAUAUAAUCAUCUUAGCAGCUGGUUAACAGACGCAAGGAACCUUACAAACCCUAAUACAGUAAUAUUUUUGAUUGGAAACAAAUCUGAUUUAGAAGCACAGAGAGAUGUAACAUAUGAAGAAGCAAAACAAUUUGCAGAUGAAAAUGGUUUGAUGUUUUUGGAGUGCAGUGCCAAAACUGGUGAUAAUGUAGAAGAUGCUUUCUUAGAUACAGCAAAGAAAAUCUACCAAAAUAUACAAGAUGGAAGUUUGGACCUCAAUGCAGCGGAGUCUGGGGUACAGCACAAACCUGCAACGCCAAGGAAUGCGAUAAAUAAUGACCAAGCACCCAACAAAGAGGGCUGCGCUUGUUAAUAGCAUGGACGCUGUGUGACGUAUGAUGAGAGCUGUACACACUGUACAAAUCUAUAAUUACAAACUAUCCAUUCCAUGGACACAUGCAUGAAGGAGAGUGAAAAAGAAGGGAGAAAACUCUUUCACACACACGAGUAUUUUUGGGUCAUUUUCCAAACCUCAAAAACUCAUUGUUGUUCACUUGUAAAUUGCAGUUAAAACCAAGCACCUUAAAAAUAGAAGAAAACAAAAAAAUAAUUUUAUGAUUUGUUUAGAACUUUAUGAUCAAAUCUUGCAUGAAAAUUUUUGUCACUUCGAAGAUUCUGUUAUAAAAGUUGCUGUAAUAGUUUGUCAAAUUUUGUCCAACUGAAGUAGAUGAAAGAUUGUCUUUGCUUAAUAUAUAAUAUUGGUUGGUAUCUUUGAUUUUCUUACUCUUUUUGUAGAAAAGAAUUUUUACUUAUUGAUGAAAAAAAAUUUAUGGCCCCAAUGAACAACGAGGAUUGAGUUGCCUGAAGAGGCAUAUGGAUGUGAAACAGGAUGCUGCGUUUAUUAGUCAGCAUGACUUGUGUAUUUGGCAAUGGUGGACAUGCGAGUGACGAGACUGAAUGAUGAGUUUUGUGAUGUGUGAGAGAAGCCAUAUUAUAUGUGAUAUUUUGUCCACAUGAUACAUGUAUAUCCUAUGAGAUAAAACAUUCUUCAAUUUUUUUCUGUACAAGUUGAGAAUCUACACGCAUCAUAUUUGUAUGUGCAAUCGUUGAAUGACAUUUAAAAAAAAAUGUAUGUUUCCAACUCACAGCUGCUGUACAGAUAUUGUUUAGUAGUUAUAUGGUAUAACACACACUAAGCUCCUCAUACCAGCACUAAUAUUUAUCUUUCUCUUUAAUUCCUUUUGAUCUUAACUGGUGUUUUGGUUUUGUGACACAUUCUUUGAAAUUACAUAUACACAUACAAAUUCGGUAUGUACUUUGUCUUUGACUUUUGGCAACAGAUUUUAGAUUUAAACGUUAUCUAGUUAUAAAAGGAUUGAUAUUCCAUGUUCAUUGAAGUGCAUUGAAAGUACAAGUUAUCAUGUCUCCACCUUGUCAGGCUAGUUGAAGUGAUAUCAAUGUCAAUAUACACUUAAUUGAUUGUAGUUUAUGAUGUUGUAACCUCACAUUUUCUCUUUCAAGUGCUAGAAUGUACUGUUAUCUAUAUCAUUUGGUCACUUCCAACCACGGUAAGACAAAUUCAUUCAUUUUAAAUGAUAGUCCACUUUCAUGUUGAUCACAUGGUGACAGUUGACCACCAUCUCUCAUUUCAUUAGCGAUAUAAUAGGUAUCCUUUUAGUUAUGUCAAGCAGAUAGAUUUAAUUAAACAGUAUAUAUGAUGUAUUUACAUAAGUUCUGUAUCACAGGGAGACUGUAAAUUGAAAACUUGUAUGAUUUACAGACUGUUUUAGUGUAUAGAAUGUCCAACAGUUAUAGGAAUAUGUCUGACGUUCUGCGUUAUCUGACAUGUAUGAUGUCUUACAUAGGUUGUAAUUUGGAACUGGCUAAUUUAUGAUACAUAUCAUAUAUGUAGUAUUAGAAGCAAUAUGAAGAAGAAAGAUAAAUCUUGUGUGAACAUUAGACAGGUUAUUACACAGCCAGGUUUUAGUUAUCUCUUGUCAGAUAUACCAUGAAGGAUAUCAGUUUUAAAUAAGAAAACAUAACAAAGGUGUUACACUUCACUAGUCUUAAGGUAAUACUUUUACAGCUAACUUCUUGUCACUGAUGGUACUAAGCAAUUAACAUGUUUACAGCACUGAACACUAUUACUUGGCAUGUCAUUCUUCAUAUGAUAAUGCUGUACAGCAGUUACCUUGUAAUUUACAGCAUUUUUACUAUUUCAAUAUUGGUUACAAUGUGAUGGGUGGGAGGCAGGAUUUCGAAGGCAACAAUUUUUUUAAGUUGAAAUUGAUAGUUUACUAUCUUGAAGACUCUACCACAUAUAAUUGUAUAUUUUGGAUCAAUAUAAAGUGCCUCCCACCCCUUACCAAUAUCUAUUGUGAAAUAACUUUACGGUAUUGUAUAUUCACGCAUAUAUUUAAUCACUCAUGAACACUUCAUCUGUAUCAACCUCAGAAGCUUUUCGUUGUAUAACAGAAAUAUCAGUCGGAACAGCAACUGUUUUCUUAUUGGUUUUUGAGCUAUCUGCCUAAAAAUUUUCAUGGUUGAAACUGACAUUCUUUUUAACUGGUAACAAUUGAAAUAUUGACAGCAAACAAGGUAUUUCAUGGAGGUUAUUUGUACAGCAGAAACGCUUACAUAUUCGAAUUGUACUGUGUGUAUAUACAUGUGGAAUGUGUGUGAUGCUUUGUUAUUGUGAUCUAGCUUCAUUGUAAAUAGUCUUAAUAACAGAUAACAUGUUAAUUAGCUAAAAGUGAUUGAUCAGAUUAUUCUGUGUAUUAAUGACACCAUCAACCAACUCUUAUCACAUCUUACAUUGCAUAAUGGUGACAUGGUGGUUUUAGUUAGCUAAAUCCUGUUUUUUUCUGAAAAGAAAUAUAACAUGACAUGUGAAAAGGAACUUCAAUACUGAGAGCACAUUUUCAACUAAAAUAAAGAGUAGAAGUGUUUCUUUCUUGUGGCUCUUUCAUUUAACAUUACCUUUGUGUAGCUUGAAAUUUAUUUUAGGUUAGUGUAGAUAUUUAGGGUAUUUAUCACUCUGUGAGAGAAUGAAUGGGUUUGGUAAAAGAAGUUCUCUUUGAUAUUUAAAAUUCACUGUCCUUUCAAUUAAAUUGAAAGCAAAAAUAAAUGGUGUUUCAUUAUACAUUAAGAUUUCUUUUUUAUUGUAAAUAUAAAAAAUUUUAUUGCAUUUUUAUGGGAAAAAAUUUGUACCUAUUUAGAACAAACUAGAGCAGUUCUAGUAGAGAUAUGGACAGAAUGAACUCAAUUUGAAAAAGUUCUAUCAACUGAAAAGCUUUGAAUAAAUAAAAUUAUAAAAAUAUUGUGUUAUGUAACAAGAACCAAAGUGUAAUUUUUGCUUACACAGUCAAACAUUUCCGAAUAAUUUUAUUGUUUCAAAGAGUAGCAGCCUGUUCUUACAUUAAAUAUUUGUCAAUUAGAUCAGUACAGUCUCACUACAAUCCUGAAAAACAAAGAAAUAAGCAUGCUUCAAACACUUCCUGAAUAAAAAUAUAGUAGUAGAAAGAUUGAUGAUGUAAAAUGGAAUUUGAUGUUUACUUUGCUACAAAUUUUUAACAUACCAGAUGAUGUAAAUUGAUUAAAGUGAUACUUAUUUGAAGCUAUUCUUUAUUUGUACAGGUCUGUAGUAAUGAAAGAAAUAUUUGAAGUUACCUGUGGUAAUUAUAUAUAUAGAUAUCCUUUAAGCUUGCACGAUAAAAACUCACCAGGAAAAAAAACGCUGACUGCUCCUGGAACUUUUCACAAACCCAUGUAAAACAGGGUAGAAAUUGGAAAUUGAUUAAGCCAUCUUAUCCCACCCAUUUUGUAUGGACUUUGGAAGCUAUGUGAAAAACUUAUAUAUAUAUAUAUUGUUGUGUUACAGGAAAUGUCUUGUUUCCAUGUGCAAGUACUUGUGAAAAUUAUAUAUUACCCUCUAUAUAUAUAUAUAUCUUUGUAAUGUAUUAUUUAUAUGAUUAUACAAUUUAUGUUCCAUGCAAAUAAUAAUAAAAAGGAAAUCAACUUCUGAUGUUGAUUUCUUCAUUUUACUAUAUUUUGUAGUUUACUGCCUUUUAAUUGUCAAUUGAUCUUUUCAUGCAAAGAAAAAUUCUAGAUACUUCAAUGUUUUUUCUGAAAGCUGAACUGGCAAGAGAUCAUGGGUUUUAUAAGUCGUUAAAAUUCUGUGUAUUGUGAAUGAAAUCAGUUUCAAGAUAUAAGAGGUUUAACUCGUGUUACUAGACAAGGUCAAUAAUUUAUUGUGUAUCACUUGACAUGUCAUAACAGGUAUGUCUUACUGCCAUUUUAGAAAUAAAAACAGUAAUGCAGUGCUUGAAGUUUGUUACCAAGACAGGUUGGACAAUUUAAAUGACUGUGGCUUCAUUGAAUCACACAGUGUUUUUUUUUAAUUAAUGAGGAAAAUUUGACAUAUUCUAUCCAAUUUUACUUGAAGCAAUUCAAAAGAAGCAUAAUGUUUUUUCGGAAAGGUCAACAAAAACAUAAUUGUCAUAAUGAUAAACUGUAUUCUUGGCUUUUAUGACUGAACUUAGGUUUAUCUCCCUUUACAAAAUAAACUUUGUUAAAGGUGGACCGAGGAUCAGCUUGAAAAAUUUACUUAUUAAUUUCGUCGGUGAUGAAACUGAAACAUAGUUAGUCAUUUUGGUAUGGUUUUAUGAGUAAUAAAUCUGAUGUAUUUCUUUUGUGUGUGAUUUUAUUUCCCUGAGAGACUAAUGUUUUUUUGUCAGAUGAAUGUGUUGUGCUAAACAUCUGAAGAUCUGUUUCAUCUACACAUUUAUACUGGGAUCAGUUACCUUGAGUGGUUUUCAGAAGUAAAAGAAUACAUGUAUAGCUUAAGAGGAAUGUGGACAUUUUAAUCAACAUAUAUGUAUAUUUCAUGAUUAUUUCUUAUAAGUAUGUUUGAAUACUUUCAGAUAUUUAAGAUAUUGCUUAUUUGAACUUCUGUCUUUUUACCAGUUCAUUUGAUUAGGAAUUUAGGCAGUGUUGUCAUUGUGAUACAGACUUCAGGUCUUGGUAAAGAUUUCAAUCACCUUUAUGCAAGGAAUAAAUUCAGAAGCACAUACUAAAAAAUUUGAUGGAUUUUCUCUGGGGAAAACAUCAAGGGAAUUGUGAUUGAAUUAACUAACACUUCUCUGUAGUUCACUUUCAGCUUGUGGUUAAUGAUUCCAUAGUAACCAAGCCAGAAAACUCUAAUUUAGGGUACAAAUUUAUGUUUUCAUUGAUCUAUAACUGUGUAGAAAGGUAUGUAAAUAGUUAAUGCGGGGGAGGGGGGAACGUUAUGUGAAUGAGGUAUACAGAUCAAUAAAACAAAAAUGCAGUGAGUCAAGUCUUCAACUUUCAGUUGAGAGCUACCAGUACAUUUGUCUAGUAAGCUCCUCAAUGUUUCUUCAGAAUUAGCUAGCAGAAUGAAACCAGUAUGUACUUUUUAUGAAGUUAUGCUCAUUUUGUUUAUUGUAAGUUAUACUCCAUACAUUGCUGUAUGUUUUUUUCAUUUGAUUUAACUGUACAUUUUUAUUCAGCAUAUUCUUUAUUUAGAAAGUGAAUGUUUGGCAAACUUGAAAAGUGAAUUGUAUGUACGCUGUGAUUUAAGCGUAAAGACAUUGGACUCUUAUUAACCUCAUGUAAAUUUUUGUCAGUAAGGUAUUUGUUGAAACUAGUUUGUACAUUGAUUGGAUAAUGACAGAAAUGGCUACAAUAACUACUUUAAAAAUAAGUUUUUGAAAAACCCGUAAACUGACCUUGUGUAUACUGUACACUGAGGACCAUGGUUGUAUUGGUGUGACUCAUAGUCCACUGUACUUCAUUCUUAGGAGGUCCAUAUUUUACAUUAAUCAGUUUUAAAUCUGAAGUGCUUGUACAACAAACCAUCACUCGUUAUAAACACAUUGUGAUAUCGGUAUGUAAAUACUGUAAUAAAUGAGAGG